GUUUAAGCUAUAGAUAUAUAAUUUCUUUCACUAUAUCCUACCUGCAGACACUGCAUGUGUGAUUCGGCGUGUUCAGGAUAAUCUUAAUCCCUUAAAUCAAACGUACUCGCAGAAGUAAACAAAGCCGUUUAUAUGAGUGAUAAUAGUCUUGGGCGAAUGGCAAUCAAACUGCGUUUUAAUUUAUCACUUUGUCAUGCAAAUUGCUCUAACUCUAGAAUCUUGAUAACACGUUUGCUUAAAAUAACUAAAUAAAUUAAGUUGUAAGCGUCACAUUUAAUCGCCGCGACAAUAGCUAUCUUAACAACUGUCAAUUUAAUUUUUGAAAAAAUUUGUGCCGUGGCCUUGAACCUUAGUAGUUAAAUAUAUGACACUAUAUGCAAAUAGCUUCGGUCUUUACCUCGCUUGGGAGCUUCAGGAAGUCAGAGUCUUUAUUAAAUUUAUAUUAUCGAUUAAAUCAUCAAUUCAACUUUAUAGAUACGAUCUUGGUAUCCUUAUUAUAUUCCCUUAUAGCAAACGUUAUACGGUAUUAUUUAAGUAUAUACAUCACUUUGACGUCGCACCUGCGCAUUCAACAUCGAAUUAUGCUUCGACAUUGAAAUUCGCGGCUUUUAAAAAUCAAUAUAUUAUUUACACUUUCAAAGGGCUCUAUAUUAGUAACAAUGAAAUAAAUCGCUGUAAACUCUGCUUGUGAAAGUACUACAAACUGUAGUCUUUGCGACCUACUAGAGAUGAUCAUCAUCAGUUCAACGCUAGCUCAAUUUUCUUCCUCCUAGACAUAGUUUUUCCCAAAACACGCGCCUACAGGUGGUACGAUUAUAAGAUCAUAAGACGCGACAGUUAAUAUGAAUAAUUUACACGAGUCUUCCUUUGAGUUUUUGUUUAGCGGCCUGCAAAUCUGUUAUAUGUUUUGGCCUAUCAAAAUAUCGCUACAAGCAAAGCUUUCGAGUACAGAAAUCAGUGGACGUUAUCAAGUUUAUUACGAAAGAAUUGUGUGGGCCUUCACCUUAGUUUAUGAAGAAGUGAAAUGAGUGUAUGAGCGCGGUUUCUGUUGAUUUGUAUACAAACUGUUAGGAUAUUAUGUUUGCAAAUUCUACGAGUUGUGCUGUGUUGACUUCGUGUUAUUCGUGUGAAAAUUUUGAUCAUAUUUCAUUUGCUAUGCUUGGGUUAGUUCGGCAAUGUUAGAACGAAUUUAUGGUGAAAAUUUAUCGUCUUUUAUCGUGUUGUUGGAAUGGAAAAACGUGCGAAAAAAAGCUUGAGAUCUUUGGAUAAUUUUUUGGUGAAUGCCAAAACAAGUGAGGAAACUGACAGCGGGAAGGCGAACCAGGCCAUUAGUUCUGGGGAAAAUGCUAAAGAAAAUGGAAAACAGACAAAUCAGAAGCAGACACGAGAUGAUCUGACUGUUCAAAACAAACACAGUCGGUCAGGGAAAGAGAUGCUUUCUACUGAUAAAUCAAGGACGAUUAGAGGAAGGACUAAACCACCCCCGUUUCGAGCAGGGCGAUAUAUCCCCUCAGAUGGAUAUUUAUACAGCUCAUCGAGCAUUACUGAUGAUACCUGUGAUGGAAAGAGUAGGAAUUUCGAUCCGAAGGCGGAAAAGCAUAAAGCUAAAAAAGAGUCCAAAGACACUCGAAUUCAAUCAGCCAGUUUUCAUGGUCUUGAAAGUAAACGAACUCGUCCGAAGUUGAGGAACCGAUGUCGCAGCACUGACUGCAGUAAAGCAACUGAAUCAAUCAGAAUUGGCUCCGAGGUGUAUAACAAAACUAUUGAUAGGACGGGCAUUGACAACGGGAAGAAAUCACGAAUGAAGUGCCGCAGCGCUGACCUUAGUAAAUUCUCUCAUAAAGAUGGCUGUGAUUUGAGUUAUAUUCAAACUGCAAUUCCAAGACAUAAAGAUAUGGAUAUAUCGGAUAUUCUGGAACGCCAUUGCUCAAAUGGAGGUAAUUUAGCAAAAACAGACCCAUGCGAUUACUUUAUUCUCAAUAAUAAACUUGCGUUAAACCAAACAAUAACAAGGGAUAAUAAAGAGGACUUAUCAAUUUCCGGUAGUAAUUAUUCUUCCAGGUCCAGUUCUGAGGGCUCGGUUACUCUGGAACACAGUAUUCCUAUAAAAAGUAGAGCUUUAGAUUACGAAACGCUGGAUUCUGGUGGUAGCGUGUCUGCUAAUACAGACACGGAAAUUUUACAAGCUAGAAGGAAGAAAGUUAUAGACAGUAAAAAAGAAAAUACGGCAAGGUGUGCAAGUAAUUCCACAAUCAGGAAGAAACCCGAUUUCAAAAUUGAGAUUCCAUCAGGAAGAGAUAAAUUGGAUAGAUUGUCGUUACCUCAGAGAACUGUAAAAGAAAAAGAGGAGUUGUGUGCUGUUUCUGAAAUAAGUCAUUUGGAGAGAGAUGGAGAAGUGGACAAAGUUAAUCCAAGUGUGGAUAGUCCUCCUGUGGAAGGAAACGAUGCAGUAGAAAGCUCGCCAAAGAGAAAUGUAAAAUGUAUUAAGGAAUCUGGGCCUGAUUCACUUCGGAGAACAAAACAAGGGGGGGAAAUUGAUGGAACGAAUUCUUGUUUUAAAAAAUCCAUCGUCAAUAAUACCUCGAAAAGCUCGGGACAAGAUAAAUCUAAUUCUGAAACUGCUCAGCGAAAUGUUGAAAAGACUGCGACUGUUAGUCAGUUGAGUAACAGAAUUAAUGAAGGUUUUCAAAACAUGUCCAGCAAACACCCUACUGGUAGUAAAAAACCACCUUCUUUACAAACAGUGGUGGAAAACAACAUAGUGUGCAAUGAAACAUGUCAGGAAAAGGUGGGCUCUGGACCUGCAAGAGUAUUCGACUCUACCCAAAUUCCGGACACUGUAGUGAAACCAUAUAAAGAUGAGAAAACUCGGGGCUGUGUAACUCAAGGCGAAGGGACUUCGAAUGGGGAUAAAGAAGAGAGUAACGGUAGGAAAAGUGAAGUGAAAGAGAUACAAUGUAGGGACAUUGAUAGGGAUGCAAACACGAAAAGUACAGACAAUGAUGCAACUCCUAUUACUCCUGCACUUGAUGUCGUAUCUAAAACCUGUGUUACUCCAAGCAAUGGUAAGGAUGAAAAGCGUGGAAAUGUGAAGUUACAAAGAAACAACAAAACUAAAAUGAUAAAGAGAUCAAACUACGGAAACAAGAAUGAAGAAAAAAAGCAACGGUUAUAUAACGUAGAUACAACAAACACCACCGGUCGAUACAACAUCGGAAAGAAUUCCAUGGAGAAGGACCAACGCACUAGCACGAAUACAAACGCAGAUGGGAAAAACGUUUCCCCAGCUCGACGACUGAGUGGAGGUAUUACGAAAUAUCAACACGAGAAGAAACCUUUAGAUUUUAAGAUGAAUGGACAAGAGAAAUCAAGCAGAAAGCUAGCUUUCGACAGACGAGAGAGCUAUUCCAAGCAACUACGGGAAAAGAACAUGAGAAAUGCUGAAUUGAAAAAGAAAGUUGGUAUUGUCAACAAGAGGAACGGUAUGAGACUGCAUGAAGACUCCGCUAUUGUGGCAAAAAUAAAACAUGUGAAAUCAAGGCGGUUACUCAAGAGGAAUGUUGCGUACGUGAAGCGUGAACAAAAAGUUCAUUUCUCCAAAGAACAUGAUCAUGAGUUGUGGGUGUUAUUUACAGUCACUUUGGGUUCUUCGAUUGUUGAUGGUAUGCCUCAGGUAGAUUUGGACAUGCCUGAUGGUAGAACUUCACCUGACUAUUGCAAGUCUAGGAGAACUUUACUUAGUUGUGUGUUACCUGAAGCACAGAGGGAAAAUACCAUCCCCAAAGUAAAGAGUGUUUUAGUCAGAAGUUCAAGGUCCAAUCUUAAGAGGCUUAAAUUCCUACCUGUGAAGAAUUUGCGCUGGUCGCUUUUCGAUGGCAUGGUCACAUUCGUCAACCCGAUGGUCAGUAGAAAGCCAAAAUUACAGCGACAGAGAAAGAUCUUUAAAAUCAAUAGAGGUAAAAACUUCCUGCGGGCAGGACAGAUGAACACAAAUGUCGCGACUUGGGCGAGAUUAUUAAAGAGAGCAACGCCACAGAACUGCCAGACCAACACAACGACCCUUAGUCCAGGCACAACAGGAACAUAUUCUGUCAUAUCCAAUGCACAUCCAACAGGGAUGACAUCACCGCCUUAUCCAAAAUCUACAGACGAUAUAUUGAACGAACGCCGUAAGUCGCCUUCACCCACGGAUGAGUUCAAGGAAAGAUCAAAAACUAUGCCUCAUAAAAAACAUCCUAUCCAAGCUCCCAAGAUGAAAACAGCUGAACAGGACGCUCUCUCAGCGUUUGGUUUCCUGGAUAACCAGUAUCGGGGUACCCCAGAAUCGCCAUCAUUAGUACCACGAAGGCCUGAAAGUAAUAUUGGCAACGAUAAGCCUGUCUCUUCAGAAAUAAUCACUAAUGUCAAUCCUCGAGUAUUUCCUUCUGUCCCUGAAGAACGAAGCGCCAAUACAAAUAAUGAAGAAGUUUACAAAAGGUCGUUUUCAUCGCCAGCUUCUAAUAAGAUAAUCAGACCUGUGAGAACAACAUCUCCAGUAUCAUCCACCAUGAACAUGAAGAAUUUCAGAACUAUCAGCGUGCUUGGACGGGGACAUUUUGGAAAGGUCAUCUUGGCAGAGUAUAAAAACACUCGGGAAUUAUUCGCCAUAAAAGCUUUGAAAAAGUCUGAUAUUAUCUCAAGAGAUGAAGUUGAGAGUUUACAAUCUGAGAAAAGAAUAUUUCUGGCCGCAAACAAAACGAGACAUCCCUUCCUGGUCAACCUGUUUGCUUGUUUUCAAACUAAGGGCCAUGUUUGUUUUGUAAUGGAGUAUGCUUCUGGCGGUGAUCUCAUGAUGCAUAUACAUAAUGAAGUAUUCUCUGAGCCCCGAGCAGUGUUUUACACAUCUUGUGUUGUUCUUGGAUUGCAGUAUUUGCAUGAUCAUGAAAUUGUCUACAGAGAUCUGAAAUUGGAUAAUUUAUUGCUGGAUGCAGAGGGUUAUGUAAAGAUAGCAGACUUUGGGCUGUGUAAGGAAGGAAUGGGUUAUGGAGAGAGGACAGGCACUUUCUGUGGUACACCUGAGUUCUUAGCACCGGAGGUUCUGACUGAAACAUCCUACACCCGGUCUGUGGAUUGGUGGGGAUUGGGAGUCCUGAUAUUUGAAAUGCUGGUGGGGGAGUCACCAUUCCCCGGAGACGACGAGGAAGAGGUAUUUGAUUCCAUUGUGAAUGACGAAGUUCGUUAUCCGAAGUUUUUAUCAACAGAAGCUGUAACAAUAAUGAGGCGGUUGUUACGACGAAAUCCCGAUAGGAGACUGGGUGCGGGUGAGAAUGACGCCGAAGACGUGAAGAAACAUCCGUUCUUUAGGGAUGUGAGGUGGAAAGAUUUGUUAUCUCGCAAAGUAAAACCGCCAUUUGUACCAACUUUAAAACAUGCAGAAGAUGUCAGUAAUUUUGACGAAGAGUUCACGUCUGAAGAUCCAGUUCUAACUCCACCUAAAGAACCCAGACCUCUAAAUGUUGAGGACCAGGCAAUGUUUGUAGACUUCGACUACAUUGCAGAUUGGUGUUGACACCUUCAUAUACUAGAAGACUCGUAUGGAACCUCGUACGAGACCAAUGAGACACAAUGGACAAAUUAUCUGCCGCUCCUACGUUGACAUAUAGCACAUCAUCGUCUGACCUGUAAAAAAUUGAUUUGUACAGAUGGUUUUCACUAAUUAUUAUUGUGCAACAGAUGAUGGCCACUAAAAACUAUACGAAUGUAAAUUUUUUUCAUUAUUGGGUUUCUACUCGGUGAAGUUUCAUUGCCUUUAAUGCAAGUCGUCCAUGGCCCCCACCUGCUGCCCAGUAAUGUUUACUGAGACUAUCAAUAAUCUAGCGAAUUAUUAGAAAUGAACAUCUAGAGAGAGAGAGAGGCAUAUACCUCUAAAUUAAACGCGCUUAGGCGUUCAAUAAUUGCGUGGUUUCGUCUGGCUGUUAGCCGUCGGAACCAUGUCUUUGAUAUGUAGCAAAUUAGAUCAAUACGUUGCUUUGCUUUGCCUUAUGCAAAUCAGUCGUUGAUCUGUACAAAUGCUAAUACAUCUACAUCUUCCAGCCUGACAUAGACACACAUUAGAUACGAUCAGAGAUUGAACCAAGCAAGUUUCGAAAUCCUGAGCGAUAUUUCGCAAAGCAAGCGCCUGCAAACGAGGCUGGGUAUACAAAAUUUCGCUAAUUACGUCAAAGAUUAACUCAUUAUGAGAGCAAAUGCCUAUUUGGCAGUUCCAAGUCAAAAAUGUAUUCGUAGACAAGUUUAUGGUUUCAUUUGAAACCUGUUUGUUAACUUGCUUGUAAUCGAGAUACUUGGAAAUUAAA